UAUCGAAGGUGAUCGAUGACGAUUUCUUGGUCGUAAUGUUGAGCAUCGCAACUUCCCUCGUUCGCCUUCAAUUUCCGAGUUGUCACGUAAAGCAGUUGUUAAACCACUUCGGGCCACAGUGGAGUUGUUUACAGUCCCCACGUGGAAGUUAUUUAUGUUGGAUCAGUCGGCAAUACACCAUGGCAGGAAAGUCUGCUCAGUAUAAAGUGGUGGUUAAAACUGGCGAUAAAAAACGAGCAGGUACGGACGCUAACGUCAAAAUCAUUCUACAUGAUGCAAAGGGCCAGCAAACCAAAGCCGCCAAGUUAGAUAACUUUUUGCGUGACGAUUUUGAACGUGGUCAGAGGGAUAAAUUUACUGUGAAAGAUGCCGUGGAUUUGAGCGAGAUUCAUCAGAUCGAACUUUGGCGCGAUGGUGCGGGUCUCUAUAGCGAUUGGUUCUGUGAUUACGUUGAAGUGACCAAUUCUCGCACGAAUCAGGAAUUUGUCUUCCCAAUUUAUCGCUGGAUCCGCCCAGAGUACCAUUAUUUAAUUCAGCAUCUGGACACUUUUCUUCCUCAGAAUGACCCUCACAAAAACCAACGGAAUAUGGAUCUUGAGGACAUUAGGGAAAAAUACCAAUAUACUCAAAGAGUCCCUGGGUUACCUUGUCAGGUGAAAGCUAUCCCGGAUGAUGAACAGUUUUCCUUUGAUUACAAAUGGAACAUUGCGAAGAGGAAGCUGAAGAUGAUAGCGGACUCCAAGCUCCAGUUACUGACCCAGGGUGGAAAAUGGGAGGGGAUCCAACAUCUGACCAAGGUCUUCACUAACGCCUUCGGAGAGCCGCUGGGGUGCAAACGAUGGAGUAACGACAUAUUCUUUGGUUGGCAGAGGAUAAACAGCAUGAACCACUCUUUAAUAAAACUUUGUACAGAAAUCCCCAAAAAGUUGGGAGUAACGGAUAUAAUGCUGCAGCCGUUCUUGGAAGGAUGGCCCCUUCACCAGGUGAUAGAGGCCAAACGUCUGUUUAUAGUAGACCUGGAAAUAUUACAGGACCUCCCCUGUAAAAACGAAGAUUUCAUAUGCCCGGUACCCAUUGCCUUAUUUUUUGUGAAUGGUGAUGGACGACUUGUUCCCAUAGCCAUCCAGUUGUUCCAACAGAAAGCCAACGACAACCCUGUUUUCCUUCCAACAGACCCUCCUUACACUUGGAUGAUGGCAAAAAUGUGGUAUAAUCUGGGGGACGCAAGCUAUCAUCAAUCUCUCACUCAUCUGGGCUACACACAUUUGAUUAUGGAAGGAGUUUGUGUCGCAUUUCAUCGUAAUCUUUCUCAAUCACAUCCACUCUUCAAACUUCUAGCUCCCCAUUUCUUGUAUCUCAUCGCCAUUAACACGCGGGGCCUAGAGCUGCUGGUGGCUCCGAACGGGUGGGUGGAUAAGACCAUGAACAUUGGCAUCAAAGGAAUGUUCGAAUUGAUUGCUAGAGGGUUAAAAGAAUGGCGCAUGGAUGUUCAUGGCACACUACCGGAAGAUCUGAAAAGGAGAGGGGUCUACUGUCUCAAUGGGAAAAUUUUACCUGGUUAUUACUUCAGAGAUGACGCAUUACUCCUGUAUGACGCCAUCAAAAACUACGUCACCAAAUACAUUAAUCUUUACUAUGAUUCUCCAGAAACAAUUGAGAAAGACUGGGAAUUGCAGAACUUUGGCCGUGAACUGACUCUUUCACGCGAAGAAGGAGGAUGCGGUUUACUUGGUGUUCCAUUCGAUGGUAAAUUUGACAAGCCAGAACAGUUAAUAAUGGUGUUCACAUGCAUUAUCUACACAUGUAGUGUUGCGCAUGCAUCAACAAACUUCCCGCAAUACGACGAGUAUGCUUUUCCCCCAAAUUAUCCAGCUUCCAUGAACGGAGUACCCCCCAAAGACAAGAGUCCAUUAACGGAGGAGGACAUUUUGAUGACGCUUCCGGACAAAAAGACGACAUUGGACGUCAUGACGGUAACCAAGAUUCUCAGUGAUCGUGGUACAAAGAGUCUGGGCGACUUUGAAGUGCAAUAUAUAUUUGAUCCAGAUGCAAAACAAAUAGUCCAAGAGUUCAGAGCCGAAUUAAAAGAAAUAAGCAUGAAAAUCAAAAGAAGCAACGAACACAGAAAUCCGAAAUAUGAAUGGCUUGAUCCGGAAGUGGUUCCGAAUUCUAUCAGCAUCUAGAGAUUAACGAAGACCUGGGUACAUACUAGAUAGUGCAAUAUUAUACCAGGAGUUGUAUAUUUUUAUAUAUAGUUGAAGUACUGCAUUCAGAGCAAUUUAACUUUUGACCAAGUUUCUUGUGUAUUUACUCAUUUUUAGAAUUUGUUAUAUUCAUGUGACAUCAAUGCGAUUAGAUAAUAGAUUAUUUUGCUACGUGUACUUUGGAGUAAUAAAUGAUUUUUUUCCUAAGUACUA